AUGGCAUUUGCUGUGAAUGAGAUCAAUGCAAAUCCCCAGAUCUUGCCAAAUGUCACCCUGGGAUUCCACAUCUAUGACAGCUACUUUGAUAUGAAAAUGACCUAUCGUACAACUCUGGGCCUUCUCUUUAAAUCACAGAGGUUUGUCCCCAACUACAAAUGUGACACCCAGAAAAACAUCAUAACCAUCACUGGAGGACUUGGUGCUGACAUCUCCUUCCGUGUGGCAGAUAUCUUAGGACUCUACAAAAUUCCACAGCUCCAUCCAUUUCUUCAAAGCACUUCUUUCAACAACUCUGCUGGAGAAACAGUGUCUUUUAAUGACAAGAAAGAAACAGAAGCUGGAUUUGACGUUGUGAACAUGGUCACAUUCCCCAAUAGGUCCUUCCUCAGAGUCAAAGUUGGAAGGGUUGAUUCCUCUGCUCCCCAAGGGAAACAAUUCAGUAUUCAUGAUGAUAUGAUUGUGUGGCAGAGCGCUUUUAACCAGAGGCCUCCCCUUUCGGUAUGCAAUGAUUACUGCCACCCUGGUUCUCAAAAGAAAAAGAAAGAAGGGGAGAAAUUUUGCUGUUAUAAUUGUGCUCCUUGUCCAAAGGGGAAGAUUUCAAGCCAGAAGGACAUGCUAGAGUGUGUAAAAUGUGAGGAAAACCAAUAUCCAAGCAAGGACCAAACUGAAUGUAUCUACAAAGUUGUAACCUUCUUGACAUUUGAAGAACCUUUGGGGAUCAGUUUGGCCUUAUCAGCUGUAUCUUUUUCCCUUAUCAUAGUUUUAAUACUAAGGAUUUUCAUUAAGCACAGAGAUACACCCAUCAUCAAAGCCAACAACCGACAUAUCACCUACAUUCUCCUGGUGUCCCUCCUGCUCUGCUUCCUCUGUUCUUUUCUAUUCCUUGGAGAACCCAGCAAGCUGACCUGCUUUCUUCGCCAGUCUGCUUUUGGCAUCAUCUUCACAGUGGCUGUUUCUUGUGUUUUGGCCAAAACUAUCACUGUAGUUAUAGCUUUCAUGGCCACCAAACCUGGGUCCAGCAUGAAGAAAUGGGUAGGGAAAAGAAUGACCAACUCAGUUCUUCUUUCUUGUUCUCUCAUUCAAAUAGUCAUUUCUCUGGUGUGGCUAGGAACUGCUCCCCCAUUCCCAGAUUUAGACAUGGAGUCCCUGAGUACAGAGAUGGUAGUGGAAUGCAAUGAAGGGUCGGACAUCAUGUUUUACCUUGUUCUGGGCUACCUGGGACUUCUGUCCCUCAUCAGCUUGACUGUGGCUUUCCUAGCCAGGAAACUGCCAGACAGCUUCAACGAAGCCAAGUUCAUCACCUUCAGCAUGCUGAUCUUUUGCAGCGUUUGGUUGUCCUUUGUUCCAACCUACCUCAGCAUCAAAGGCAAAUACAUGGUGGCUGUAGAGGUCUUCUCAAUCUUGGCCUCCAGUGCUGGGCUUUUGGCUUGCAUUUUUGUCCCCAAAUGUUACAUUAUUGUGCUAAGACCUGAGCUGAACAAAAGAGAGCAGCUAAUUAGAAGAAAAAAUUAA